AUGCCUGAACCAAACAGACUUGCCAGUCUUGACGCAAGUACUUUGCUCAUCAGCGACCAGGUGCUCUUCGCGGCCAAGACGGCCAAGAAGCUCACCUUUGCCGAGAUCGCCUCCCACCUCGGGCGCGACGAGGUCGCCUGCGCCGCGCUCUUCUACGGCCAGGCCCAGGCCUCGGCCGAGGACGUGUCCCGGCUGUCCGAGCUGCUCGGCGUGCCCGCCGAGACCCUGGCGGCGCAGAUGAUGGGCUUCCCGGACCGCGGCCGUGCGGGGCCCAUGCCGCCCGUGGAGCCGCUCAUCUACCGGCUGUACGAGAUCGUGCAGAACUACGGCUACUCCUUCAAGGCGGUGCUCAACGAAAAGUUUGGCGACGGCAUCAUGAGCGCCAUCAACUUUAGCGCAAAGGUCGACAAGGAGGUCGAGGAGAAUGGCGAUCAGUACGCCGUCAUAACGAUGCGAGGAAAAUGGCUCGCGUAUUCUCGUUUUUAG